GCUGGGGGAAAAGGGAGAGAAUGGAGCCGUUGCAUGUGCUGGAGCUCUACAGUGGGAUCGGAGGAAUGCACCAAGCGCUGAAAGAAGUGCAUCUGCACUAGGACAACGGGGCUCCUUAGCUACCGGGCAGGGAUGAGCGACUCUGAGCACGGCCCAGCCACGGGCGAGGAGGACGGCGGGGAACCCGAGGAGGAAGAGGAGGAGGAGGAGGAAGCCGCUGCCGGAGAUGGAGAACCGGCGCAGGGUAGCCGGAAAGCCCGCGGUGGCCGGAAGGCCCGGGGUAGGCCGCGGCUCACAGAGUCUGACCGAGCCCAGCGCCGCCUCGAGUCCCGGAAGAAAUACGACAUGCGCCGGGUCUACCUGGGCGAGUCCCACGGCCCCUGGUCGAACCUGAGGCAGCGGAGCGGCUGGAGCGACGCCAAGCUGGCCGCGUACUUGCUGGGACUGGAACGGGAGCAGCGGGCCGGACGCCGCGGGAAGCUUUGGGAGCAGAUGCCUUACGAGCCGCAAAGGAAGAAGAGAAGGCGGCGGAAUGUGAACUGCCUGAAGAACAUUGUCAUCUGGUACGAAGACCACAAAAACCGCUGUCCCUACGAGCCCCACCUCUCGGAGCUGGACCCCACCUUUGAGAUGUACACAACGGCCGUGUGGCAGUGUGAAGCAGGCCACCGCUAUUUCCAGGACCUGCACUCGCCUCUGAAGCCGCUCAGCGACUCUGAGAAUGAGGGCGACAAUGCCGGAAGCUCCGGGAACUCCGACGAGAGCUCCAGCUCGGAGGCAGAAGAGCAGGGAGAGAGUCGGGGGCGGCAGCCGUCAGAAAAUAAGGAGGGCGAGAGUGCCAGCGGGCUUAUCACUCGGGACGGCAUCCACAUUCCAUUUGAGCACCAUAUCGAGAACCUGGCGGCGGAGCAGGGGGCUGGCGUGUGCCACAAUCCGCCCCUCGGUGGCCCACAGACCAUGGAAACGGUGGUAUGCGUACCAGUGCCUGUGCAGAUGAGUUCGGGUCACGGGACUCUCUUUGACAAUGUGACACCCGAGACGCUUAGCGAAGUGGUGGCUAGCUGCCCCGUCCAGGGUGUGGCGCAGGGCUCACAGGUGAUCAUCAUUGCCGGGCCCGGCUAUGAUGCCCUCACAGCCGAGGGAAUCCAGCUGAACGUCACCGGCACAGGCGGAGAGGAGCUGCCCUGCGCCAUGAUUGAGGGCAUGGCGGCUUAUGCUCAGGCGGAGCCCGAGAGCGGACAGCCCAGUGGCAUGGAAAGUAUGGAAUACAUCGAAACCAAAAGAGAAAGCGAGGAGCUUUUUGAGCUCAAAAAGGAAGAGGCCCAGCAGCCCCCGGCGGAAAUAAGGACACCCUGUGACGACCCAGAGCCAGCCCAUGAGAGUGGGGGGCUGGAAGCAGAGGAGGAGACGGAGGGCAACAACAUGUCUUCCAUCAUCUAUGAGAUCCCAAAGGAACCUGAAAAGAGGAGGAGGAGCAAAAGGGGCCGUGUGAUGGACGCCGACGGCAUGCUGGAGAUGUUCCAUUGCCCCUAUGAAGGGUGCACCCAGGUCUACGUAGCGCUUAGUAGUUUCCAGAACCACGUUAACCUCGUCCACCGGAAGGGGAAGACGAAGGUGUGUCCCCACCCAGGUUGCGGCAAGAAGUUCUACCUGUCCAACCACCUCCGGAGGCACAUGAUCAUCCACACCGGAGUCCGCGAGUUCACCUGCGAGACCUGCGGGAAAUCCUUCAAGCGCAAGAACCACCUGGAAGUCCACCGCCGGACGCACACGGGGGAGACGCCUCUGCAGUGCGAGAUCUGCGGUUACCAGUGCCGCCAGCGAGCCUCUCUCAACUGGCAUAUGAAGAAGCACACCUCGGAGGCCCAGUACAACUUCACUUGCGAGCACUGCGGAAAGCGCUUUGAGAAACUGGACAGUGUCAAGUUCCACAAGCUAAAGAGCCACCCGGAUCACAAGGCGGCCUGAUCCGGACUAUGGACCCUCUUUAUUUAUUGCCUCAUGACAGGUUCCUAGCCAAUGAAGGGCGCUUCUUUGCACAUUCGCAGCUGGAGAUGUGAUGUUCUGCUGCCCCUUCUUCCUCAGUGUGGUGUGCACCCGCUUUUUAAGAGCAGGUGGUGACAAACUUCACGUUUUAGUUCUGUUGUGCAGGUGUUCUCAGGUAUCGGGGUGGAGCGGUGGGGAAUUGUUCAAAACAGCAUCAGAUCUGGAGUUUGUGGUGCCACAAGCUCUCCAAGGGAGGGGGAAUGAUGCUGUGCUAAUAGACAAGAAGAAUCUUAGCCAGGCACCCCCAAACUUCGGCCCUCCAGAUGUUUGGGACUACAAUUCCCAUCUUCCCCAACCACUGGUCCUGUUAGCUAGGGAUCGUGGGAGUUGUAGGCCAAAACAUCUGGAGGGCCGCAGUUUGGGGGUGACUGAUCUUAGCCAAUUCAACUACCCUUACUUUGGUUGCUGCUAAACAGCACCUUUGCUUGUCUGGCAAUUUGAUGCUUAGGUCUCAGGUAGGAGGGUCUAUUCGCCUACCAUUACUUCCAGAGAGGCUGACUUCAGUGGGAAAACUAUAUCGGAUUCACAUGACUGGUUUGUAUCUAUUGACUACAAUACAAGAUGACUCUUUGGCUGGGGGGGGGGAGUGCAAAUACAGCCUUGGAGUGACCUCUGUACAAAAGUAGGAAAUGUUACAAAGCUAGAAGAAUGGGAUAACUCAAGAUAAAGAACAGUACGAGAAAAAAUUAUAAUAGCUGGGAGCCUCGAUGGGGGGGACAGGAAGUUACCACUGAAAUUAUGACGUAAUGAAAUUAAUGUAUCUUUUGAAAGCUCUAUAUCUCUUUGAUUUUGCGUCUAUGAUUUGUACUUGCCAUAAAAACUCAAUAAAGCAUUAAAAAAAGAUGAUUUUUUUAAAUAAUACAAGAUACAAUACAAGAUGACUCUUUGCAACUACAUGGCUAUCUGGAGCAGAACCCUUAACCAUGUGAACAACUGGAGGUGUCCCAAAAUACAGGGACACAGCACACACCUGGGUUGAAGGGGAGACUUUAUUGAUCUUUUUCAGCUGAUUGAUUAAACUGAAAUAACCUUCCACAGAAACAUGUUUGGAUUCAAGAGAAGUAGGGCUGGUGCUGGGAAUUAAGAACUCCAGCAGUUGCUGUUUGUGGUGUCCUGGGGCUCCUUUGCUUUUAGAGCAGGCAUCCCCAAACUUCGGCCCUCCAGAUGUUUUGGACUACAAUUCCCAUCAUCCCUGACCACUGGUCCUGUUAGCUAGGGCAGUGUUUCUCAACCUUUUUUGGGCCACGGCACACUUGUUCCGUGAAAAAAAUCACGAGGCACACCACCAUUAAAAAAGUUUAAAAAAAUUAACUCUGUGCCGCCCUAUAUUAUAAUUAUGACUGUAAGAAACACUUGCCAAAUAUUGCUUUACGGUGGGUCAGUGGUGAAUAUUGGCAGCCGCCAGGCACGUGACAAUGCAAAUCGCCCUUCUCGUCGCCGCACGUCGCGGCACACCAGCCAGCGUCUCGCGUCACACUAGUGUGCCGCGGAACAGCGGUUGAGAAACGCUGAGCUAGGGAUCAUGGGAGUUGUAGGCCAAAACAUCUGGAGGGCCGCAGUUUGGGGAUGCCUGUUUUAGAGCUUACUGGAAUAGCAUGGAAAUAAAGCUUGCUUGAACUUUUCAAUAGCUGCAGAAUUAAAAAGCCACGACUUUACUAUUUCCCAGUGUGGCCGCUACACUAGAACAGUUGGCUAGCAGUUUUAAGUAACAGGAAUAAGCACAACUGAGUUUAUGGAGGGCAUGAUUAUUAACUAAAUGAUUAAAAAAGCAAGCAAGCACCCGUGGUGUUCUUCUUAAACCGACUCUCCUGAUUGUUCCCUGCUUG